CCCUUUCCCUUUCUCCGUUUAAGGCUUUAAGGCGAACCGUAUGGCGGCCGGAAAGAAAGACGACCUAACCUUCUCGUAGAUGGUGUCAGUGAGAGCAACUUGAGUAUCCCCCGUUGACCUUCUUUUUUAGAUAGAAUCUUCAAUGAGUGGAAACAAGCAACCUUACUAAUAAAGGUGCGCUUGUUGAGUAAGGCCGGCUUUCGAGCCCAAGCCCCUUUAAUAUGAUGAGGAGAAGAGGGGCCGCCCUCUUUUCUUUUCUGCACCAAUCAGACUUCGUUUCACUCGUUUACUACUAUAUUUCUUUUUUUUGGGUGUAUAGCUCAGUUGGUAGAGCAUUGGGCUUUUAACCUAAUGGUCGCAGGUUCAAGUCCUGCUAUACCCAAACCUACCUUACUACAACAUAAGGACAGAAGGUAGGAAAGAAUUUCUCACUCUUCUAAGCGGAGUUAUGUCAAAAGGACAAACGAGGAUGAAGGAGGAGCAGGAGUAGGAGCUAAAAUUCGGACGGAAUCGCGAGAUAGACAAUGAGAAAAAGCCAAGAGGGGAGAGCACUUAGACAAUUCACUUUGAGUACAGGGAAGUCUGCUGGUAGGAAUUCUUCAGGGCGUAUUACGGUUUUUCACCGAGGGGGUGGAUCGAAGCGAUUGCAGCGAAGAAUUGAUCUGAAACGAAGCACUUCGUCUAUGGGCAUUGUAGAAAGGAUAGAAUAUGACCCUAAUCGUUCUUCUCGGAUCGCUCCAGUACGAUGGAUCGAGGGGGUGCAGCUACGCCGCCAGAGGAAAUGCAACACGAUAGAGGAGUUCGCUCCGCCGCGUAAGAUCCUCGAACCUACCACGACCACCAUCCGCGGCCUAUUUUCGUUCUCUUCCCUGCCCGGGAAGGUGGAUCAAAGAAAGGUAGCUUGCUUCUCUCCUGGACGGAUGGCGGCUUAUGUAGUGGUCGGCCUUCCUACCAGAAUGCCCCCUUGGUUGAAGAGUAAGGGCGCAGGAAGCAAAAAAACUUGCGCGAAGGACGUUUUCUUCUCUGCCUUCUCCUCUCCAAAGGCCAAGGGAGAGACUGCAUCCCUUUCUUUCGGUAGCUCUUUUGCUUUCCCAAGGAUAGCGGUAGCUGGGGCAAAGCCCGCUUUCUUCGCUCCGCGAAUGAGAGAGAAACUCAGAGGAAAAAACACGUUCUCUCUUUGCGAGGUCCGACAGUGGAGAACGCAUAGCAUUCUCUGGGCACAUAGGAUCAAACGUAAAGCAGCGCUUUCUCUAAAGAGUUUUAGAGGGCAAGAUACUUUAGGGCUUGUUGGAGCUGCUGAGCAUAACGAAUCGAAGCCAAAGACGGAUCAAGGUAGCUUGCCUGCCAAGCCGAUAGGCGAAGGGCCGAAGGAUGGAGCGUGCAAAGUCGAUCGUGCACCUGUCACUUAUAUAAUAGCCAGUCAUCAAUUGGAAGCGGGCAAGAUGGUGAUGAAUUGCAAUUGGUCUAAACCUUCGACCAGCGACUUAUUGCGACCCGCCCAGAAUGCCAAUACAUACUAAGACCUUAUUCACAUCAGGAGGUUUGAAGACGCUCGACUGAUAAGGAGAGGUAUGAAAUCACUCGAGCGAAGCGAGAGGCAUGAAGUUCUCGACUGAAAGGAGAGGGUACGAAGUAUCUCGACCGAAGAAGCAAGGGUACGAAGUAGCUCGAGCUGACGCUCGAGCGACUCCGCACGUUGCGCGUUAGCAACAAGCACCGGCCCGAGCGCAAACGCGCGAAAGCCGGUGCGCCUUAGACGAAGAAGCAAGGGUACGAAGUAGCUCGAGCUGACGCUCGAGCGAAGAAGCAAGGGUACGAAGUAGCUCGAGCUGACGCUCGAGCGACUCCGCACGUUGCGCCUUCGCGCAUCCCUUUUCUUGCUCGUUGCGCCUUCGCGCAUCCCUUUUCUUGCUGGGAGAGGAACGUAUGGCAGCUCGAGGAGGAGCUAGGGCGGACCCAAGAAGCCCAAGAACGGGAUAGGGCCCGAGCCGUAGAGCGACAAAGACUUUGGCAGGACAUAUAUAAAAUCCGCCAAAGAAGUCAGGUUUUCAAAAUCGAAAAGGAGAUUCAGAAUUAAUGAAAUUCAAUAUCAGCAAGACCGACGAAGAAGAUUCGGUCGUGGGUAGAAACUUUGCUUGGGCCUUUCGUUUUCGAUUCCCAUUAGCCGGGUCGCCUUAAAAUUCGCUUAGUAGCUUAACUCUUUCUACUGGCGUGGCGCUGCUGGAUGCUUCUGAUCAAUAGAACAGGAAAAGGAGUCAGCCAAAAAGAAAGACCACCAAAAGUAACGACCACCAAGAUACGCAUAGUGAUUCGAUCUUUUGAUCACCCAUUUUUGGAAAAC